AUGACCCGUCGAGUGCGACCUCACGUGCUUGUCCACGUCACCACUUUCUUGUUUGUCCUCGUCGUCUCUUUCCUUGAUCGUGAUGGUGUAGCUUUCAGACCCCACCCCCGCUGCCUCAUCACUGCGGCUCGGGGACUUGGUGGGCGAUUGGGCCGCUGGGGAGUCGAGGUUCCGUCGGCACACGGGGCACGUGCGGUGGUUCCCGAGCCAGAGGUCCACGCACUCUUCAUGGAACACGUGAUAGCACGUGGUCAACAGCCGGAGGACGUCAUCGCCUUGAAACUCAACGAGGCAUAUGGCACACUCGAGCCCGUACUUUUCCUUUCGGAAGCCCUCGACGGUCGAGUAGGCGAAGGUGGGGAACGAGCGGAUAAGAACAGGGUCGAGGCCUGUUCCGGGUGUAUCAGGGGCGGGCGGGGUAGUGGGACUAGAGCCAUCCCCUGUGGGGCUGCGAUGGAGGCUCGUGCACGAGCUGAGAAAGUUGCGACAGAAAUAGAUGGAGAAGAAAAUCAGGAAGAAGAUAAGGAGUAG